AUGAGCAUAAAUCCAUUAGCAGAUAUAAAUACUUAUUGGUCAACUGAUGAGUUUUUCAGAAAUCCUGUUAUUUGCAAAGUAAUGCCCUUAAAAAGAUUUAAAAAAAUUACACAAAAUCUCCAUAUAUCAAAUAUUUCCACAGAAGCUCCACGAAACUCACCAGAUUAUGAUAAAUUGGGUAAAAUUAGACUUGCCAUUUCAAUCCUAAACAAAGUUUUUCAAGACAAUGUUCAAGUGUCAGAAUUUAAUUCAAUAGACGAAAGUAUGAUCAGGUUCAAAGGUCGUAGUCACAUGAAGCAGUAUAUGCCCAAAAAACCUAUAAAACGUGGGUACAAGUGUUGGGCAAGAGCAGAUUCUCUUACAGGGUAUUUAUAUGAAUUUAAAUUUUAUACUGGUAAAGUUAAUACUGGAACUGAAGAGAAUUUAGGGGCCAGAGUCAUAAUGGAUUUGUGUGAAUCUCUGCCAAGCCAUACAUUAGUGGCUUUUGAUAAUUUUUUUACCAGUCUGCCACUGAUGGAACUUUUACAUGAAAGAGGCAUUUACGGUGUUGGAACACUAAGAAUGAACCGUAGGGGCUUACCAGAUUUGAUAACAGGAAAAUAUUUAACUGGUGAGUUUAUAUAUCAGUAUAAUACACCUAUAGGAGUAUUGAAAUGGAAAGAUACUAAAGAUGUUUUUCUUGGAACUACUGCGUUUGAUCCUCGAGCAGUUGAAUUGAUUGAGAGGAAACAGAAAGAUGGUAGCGAGAAGAAAAUAUACUGUCCACUUUCGAUUAAAAAAUAUACAGAGUUCAUGGGUGGUGUUGAUCAUUUCGAUCACUUUAGAGCAUCAUACCCCCUAGGACGAAAGUCGCGGAAGAAUUGGCACAGACUUUUUUGGUUCUUGUUGGAGGCAGCCGUCAUCAAUUCUUAUAUUGUUUAUAUGACGUCACAUUCAGAAAGGAGAAACACCCAUAAAGAAUUCCGGUUGCGAUUGGGCAGAGGACUCAUCAACAAUUUUUCAUCAAGAAAAAUCCUCGCGCCCGUGUUCAAAAACAAAAAAGGAGGUACCAUUUCAGUACCGGAAGAGAUUCGAAAAUCGGACGUAGGAUCCCACAUGCCCGAAUUGACCAAAUUUCGAAGAUGCAGAAUGUGUAGUACACGUGAAAAGGAGCAACGCAGCAAAUAUAUGUGUAAAGUUUGCAAGGUAUCUUUAUGUGCUGCCCCUUGUUUUGAAAUGUUUCACAAAUAA